CGAGCCUCCUGCAGCAGCUCCUCUGCCCAAUGGGGGGCGGCAGCAUCCUAGUAACUCGCUCCCUGAAGAGGUGUAGGCGGGUGGAGAGAGACUCGCGUUCAAAGUCUUUUUGACUCUACCCGCUCUCCGUAGCUACUUAGCCCGCUUGAGUUUCAAUGCGCGUUGUUGUUUGACGAAGGGAGUCCUAUACACCGCCUGCUGCUCUCCUGAUUAUGGCUUCUCCGAGUUCCUUCACCUACUAUUGCCCUCCAUCUUCCGCCCCUAUCUGGUCAGAGCCGCUGUACAGUCUGAGGCCCGAGCACGCGCGGGAGCGGUUGCAGGACGACUCGGUGGAAACAGUCACGUCCAUAGAACAGGCAAAAGUAGAAGAAAAGAUCCAAGACGUCUUCAGUUCUUACAAGUUCAACCACCUUGUACCAAGGCUGAUUUUACAGAGGGAGAAGCACUUCCAUUAUCUGAAAAGAGGGCUUCGACAGCUGACAGACGCCUAUGAGUGUUUGGAUGCCAGCCGCCCGUGGCUCUGCUACUGGAUCCUCCACAGCUUGGAACUGCUAGAUGAACCCGUCCCCCAGAUGGUGGCCACAGACGUGUGUCAGUUCCUGGAGCUGUGUCAAAGUCCAGAAGGUGGCUUUGGAGGGGGUCCUGGCCAGUACCCGCAUCUUGCACCCACGUAUGCAGCAGUCAAUGCGCUCUGCAUCAUUGGUACUGAGGAGGCCUAUGACGUCAUUAACAGAGAGAAGCUUCUUCAGUAUUUGUACUCACUGAAGCAACCCGAUGGCUCUUUUCUCAUGCAUGUUGGAGGUGAGGUGGAUGUGAGAAGUGCAUACUGUGCCGCCUCCGUAGCUUCUCUGACCAACAUCAUCACUCCAGACCUCUUUGAGGGCACUGCCGAAUGGAUAGCAAGGUGUCAGAAUUGGGAAGGUGGAAUUGGUGGGGUGCCGGGGAUGGAAGCCCACGGUGGCUAUACUUUCUGUGGCCUGGCUGCACUGGUCAUCCUCAAGAAGGAACGUUCCUUGAACUUGAAGAGCUUAUUGCAAUGGGUGACCAGCCGGCAGAUGCGCUUCGAAGGUGGCUUUCAGGGCCGCUGCAACAAGCUGGUGGAUGGCUGCUACUCCUUCUGGCAGGCGGGGCUCCUGCCCUUGCUGCACCGCGCACUGCAUGCUCAAGGCGACCCUGCUCUCAGCAUGAGCCACUGGAUGUUUCAUCAGCAGGCCCUGCAGGAGUACAUCCUUAUGUGCUGCCAGUGUCCCGCCGGGGGGCUUCUGGAUAAACCUGGCAAGUCUCGGGACUUCUACCACACCUGCUACUGCCUGAGUGGCCUGUCCAUAGCCCAGCACUUCGGCAGUGGGGCCAUGGUGCACGAUGUGGUCCUGGGUGUGCCGGAAAAUGCUCUGCACCCCACUCACCCUGUGUACAAUAUUGGACCAGAUAAGGUGAUCCAGGCCACCAUGCACUUUCUGCAGAAGCCAGUCCCAGGCUUUGAAGAGCACGAGGCUGAGGCACCAGCAGAGACCGCCAGCACCUAGAAGACAAGGGUCCGUGGCUCUGUGCUCACCCACCUUCCCGGUCAGACCAAGGUGUAUACAUUUCGAUACCUACUGCACUCUGUGCUGCACAAGCCUUGGCCACUAUGGAGCUGUGGUCCUUUGUCCUUUCUUGUCAAACAAAACAAAACUGAUGUCUCUGGGUUUGGAGAACAUAGUGGCGUGGUUUUUUAAAAAUUCUUUCCACUUCUGUCAAACCAAAAAUCUGUCAGCCCGCGCGGCACCUGAACCCAGCUCUGGCCCGGCCAGGGUUGCUGGGGAACAGUGCAUGCUGGGCAGAAGCAGCCCCUCGCCGCCAGCUCUCCGGCCCGGGCAGUCGUAUUGAAAUGAGUGGUGUCUAUAAGUUACUGCUGCGACUCCCGCUUGCACGCCACCCUCAAGUCGCCAGGAAGGUGCCCUCCCAUGGGUGAAAAUAAGUCUGCUCUGUGCCAAGGGGGAGGGGGGGCUUUGGUCCCAUCAAAAUGAAUUCUCUAGAAAAAAUCGUGGUGGGACUUCACUAGGAGAUGCCCAAGGCUGUCACCUCCCACCACGGUCAUUUGCAAGGGAAAGGAGCCGGGGGAGGGGGAGAAAGGUCUUGGGUUGUGAGCUCCUCCCCCUCCGCAUCCGAGAACUGAGCCACACCUCUCCCCAGGGCCCCGAUGGGUGUGCCAGCGGAGUUGCUUCACCCACCCGGUGUGGUGUGGUGACUUCGACCCAGGAAGCCAAUUACGAGUGGCAAAUGAACCUCUAGUUCAGUUCUGCGCCCAAGGAAGCAGCCCCAGUGCCCACCGCUCCCCGACCCCAUCAUGUACCGUGAAAAACCCCUCUCGUGUCUGCAAUGGAGCACUGGCGGCCUGUGGCCAUUCUGCGUGUUUCCACCUCCCGUCGGACUCCCGGCCCCCUCAAAGGUAGUGUUGUCUUCUCUCAUCCCAAGUACUAACGCUACUAAGUCUUUCACCUUAAUUUGACUCAGGAUUUAUUCACGUCCUGCCCACUCUAGGCUCACAGAAAUAAAAUCAAGUGCUAGAUAGGCUGGGGGCCGCCCAGUGUGCUCAGACUGUCGGGGCCUCAGCUGCACGCAGGGACCCCUUUUUGGUCAAUGGGGGGUUGAGUCAGGCCACCUGUCCGCGUGGCUGACCUGGCCUUCACGUAAGCAGCCCACAGGAGCGCAGAGAUGCAGCAGAGGCUCUUCUCCAAAACUCUGCCCUUCGCAGCCUCUAAUUCCCUAUUGCUUUGGUGGAUGGGGCUAUAUAUUACCUCCUUGAAAUAAAAAAGAAUAACAUUUUC